AUGGCUCGCUUAACAUCCAGAAACGGCGCCAAAGCAGGGUCCACCAGCACCACCGCAAGGAGAGAUCCGCUCGCCGACGUAUCCAACGACAUGGAUUCAGAUGGCUCCUUGACCGAUCCUUCUGCCUCCGAGGGCGAGGACAGCGACAAUGCCGCCGACAACCAUGAGAUUGACGAUCAAGACUCAGAGGAAGAGGUGGACGAGGACGAUGAUGAAAACGAUGGCGACUUUGGCUCGAGUCGCAAGAAGAAAGCAGCACCACGACGCUCGGCUGCCACUCCCUCCAAGGCCAAGUCGACAAAUACAACACCUCGUGCCCGUAAAACAAAAAACGGUGCCACAAAAGCACCACGCUCCACCACAAAGCGCUCAGGACCUUCUCGACCAAGAGCAGGCACUACAGGCGCUACUCCUUCCGCAGCUCGAUCUCGCGCAGCGGCCAGUAGAGACGAGCUUCCCAUCAACGACGACAACGAAAUCUUCAAUGCUGUCAAGGAUCCCAACUCGGCUUUGCAGUCCAACGCAGAAGACUGGGUUGUGGCUUUCUCUGAUCAUCAGGGACGGGCACUUGCCGAACUUGUCAACUUUGUCAUUCGUGCUUGUGGCUGUAACGGCAGUGUCGACGAGAACCAGGUCAUCGAUAUCGACAAUGUAGUUGACAACCUCGAGGAGUUGCAAGAAGUUUUCAAGAAGCAACCCAUCCCAUCUUAUCCUAUCGUGUCGAGAAGUAAGACAUUCAAGAACUUCCGCAAGUCGCUCAAUGAGUUUCUGCGCCGUCUUGUCAUGAGCGCAUACGAUGCAGAAAUCCUGACCUCAGAUGGAUUCAUGGAGCCCUACCAGGCUUGGGUCUCGGCCAUGUCGUCUUCCUCGCUGCGCUCUUUCCGUCACACUGCCACUGUUGUUGCACUCUGGACCGUCUCUGCAUUCAACCAAGUCAAUGCGCAGGCUACAAAGGACCUUUCCACCGCUACCAAGCAACGCGAUGCCGAGAAGAAGAAGGCGCGUGCCGACAAGAGCCGGCUCAAGGACCUGGAAUCCAAAGUGGUCGAAUCUCGUAAGCUCAAAGCUCGCCUGGAAGAAUACACCAACGAGUUCAUCAGCUCGGUCUUUGUCCACCGUUUCCGCGAUUUCGAUGCCGGUAUUCGAUCCGAAUGCGUCGAGGCGCUCGGCAGCUGGAUGAACAAGUACCCAACGCAAUAUCUGCAGAGCUCUUACUUCCGCUACCUCGGAUUGGUUCUGUCUGAUGUGGACGCAAAUGUGCGUAUGAAGGCUGUUCAAGCUAUGACUGGCUUGUACAGCAGAGACAACUUUGUCAGCUCCAUUCGACACUUCACCGAGAUGUUCAAGGGUCGUCUUGUGCAGAUGGCUACAGGAGAUGUCGAGCUCGGCGUUCGCAUUGCCACCAUCAAUGUCCUCGUUCUGAUCGACAAGCAUGAUCUGUUGGCGGAUGAACAGCGCGAUUUGCUAGCGACGCACAUUUUUGACGUUGAGCCACGUAUUCGUAAUGCUGUUGCCAGCUUCCUCGCCAAUAUACUCGACGAGAAGGUGAGCGAGGCCGCAAGCGAGCUGAGUUCUCUAUCUGCUGCGUCGAAGAAGAAAGGCAAGCAAGCUGAGCAGCAGCAGCAAGAGCAAGCUAAGCUUCGCUUCAAAUGUCUCGCUAAGCUUCUUGUCAAGUACGGACAUCGACUGGAUUCCAGAGACUCGGACGCGGCCAAUGACGAUGGCGACGCGACGGAGGAGCUGGCUGUAGUCAUCGAUGGUGCCAAGGAGGGACGUGUUGGACUGGCAGUCGAAGCGCUCUGGGAUGCCGUGGAGGACAUGCAGCACUGGAAGCCGCUCAUCGAAUUGCUUCUGUUGGAUCAUUCAGACAGGGCUGCAGCUGCUGGCCGAAGCAAGGGUAAAACGUCUGCUGAGAAUGCUGCUCCUGCCGUCUACCGUCUCGAAUCGGAGGAGGAGGCUAUUCUAGUUGAAUCGCUGGUGGUCAUCCUGCACAAGACUUACGAAGCCGCCAAGCUCAUCGACGAUGGAGAGGAUACCACAAAGGAGGACGUCACACGUGUUAUGAUCGCAGCUCUGCCCAAUCUCUUCGCCAAAUACCGAACCGAUGCGCCACGCAUCGCUGAUCUCUUACUCCUCCCACAAGCGAUGGACUUGGAGAUGUACACCGAACUUCAUGAAAAGACCGCCUUCGAAGCGCUCUGGGAUGAUGUCUCGAACCAGAUCCAGCGUCAUGUUGAGCCACUGGUCCUCAAGCAUGGUGUAGAGACUUUGCGAAAGCUGGUGGCGACCACCUCACAGUCCAACAUCAACAGCACCAAGUUGUCCGCACUCGAGGAAGGUCUGGUGUCGUCGCUGCGAGAGACUGUCAGCGAUCGCGAUGUGGAAACGGCAGGUUUCAGCGAAGAUGAAGUGCAUCUCUUGGCAGCCAACAUGCUUCGUCUUCAUCUUGUUAGUCAGGUGUGCAACACGAGCGAUGCGCUAGAGGACGAUGAAGGUGGACAAGCUACGAGUGGAUGGGAGAUUGUGUUGGACAUCGCUGGACGUGGUCGUCUCGCAUACCAGGAGGAAGAAUCUCUUGUUCGCGAUGCUGUUGCAACGUUGACACUUCACAUUAUGUGGAAGACACGUCAAAUUAUCAUGCCGGAUGCUGGAUCUCAGGCUGCAGCGGCAGAGGCCUUGCUGGCUAAGCGUACUACGGUGUUGACGCUGUUGGAGGAGUUUGUUGCCAGCAGGCAGUCUCAGGCGUGUGUUGGGGUUCAACGCGUUGCGUUUGAGAAGCUGGCGAACAUUCAGAUGCUGUAUGCUGCUAUUCCGCAGCAAUCGCCUGCGGUGGCGGCAGCAACAGGAGAGGAUGCAGCAGCAGCGGUGGAGGAGGGAACUGCUCAGCAUAGGUCCGGUGCUCAACUUCCUGCCGUGCUCAGUCUUAGCUGUGAUGCUGAAGUGCAACAGCACUGUGCAAACUUUGUUCAGGCUGAGAUCGAGCGGUAUAUCCAGAAAGCUGGAGUCGUUGAGAAGGAGACCAACGGAAACGGAGAUGUAGCACAUGACAACUCGGACGACGAGGCGGCCGAUGAGGACAACGAGGACGAGGACGACGAUGAAGAGGAUAAUGCUGAGGCAACACCCAAAGCUUCUCACAUCCGUGGAGGGAAGAGUAAGAAAGCGAAGAAGACCUCCGCCGCCAACGCCAACGCCAAAGCUUCGAACAGUGCCACAACCACCUCCGACAACCCCGAAGGUCGAGACCAAGCACAGCUGCAAGCAGAACACACCUUCUGCUCGGUCAUCAGCACCUUUGUCUCUGCCAUCCGUGUCGGUAUCAUCGAGGCCAAAUACUCGACCGUGGUGCUCAUCCACUUUGGCCGUCUCGGCAACAUCUACGACUCUCUCUGCAAAGCUCUGGUCGAAGUGCUCAAAGAAGAAGCCAUCUUUGGCGGCUACAACCGAGCGGUAAUCGUCGAAAGCGUCAUUUGGGAUUCUCUUCGUGAAGCUUUCGAACUGUUCCUCGACACAGGCGAUGCCAACGGAGAAGCACGAUUCAUUUCACUUUCUCGUCAACUUGCAAACGCUCUAGUUGUUCGAGGUGCUGGUUUCACCGCACUACGCAAGAUCGAUGCAAGAUGUCUCAUCUCUCUUCACAGCAGAGCAAGCGAGCAUAUCGCACAGAAAGUGGCUGCGGCGGAACGAAAUGGUAAUAAGCGGGUCAAACAAAAGAUGCCAGCGCUUUACAAAGGGAUGGCGAAUCUUCUCAUUACUGCAACUCCCACGGAUGCGGUCAAAGUUAAGAGUGCGAUGGAUAGAGUGUACAGGGCGGCAAAUGUUCAAAUUCCUCCCACGGCAAAGAGUUGGGAUGCUCACAGGUCAUACGAGAAGAGACUGUUGAAAAUUGCUGCUAAGAGUGCGAUGUUUGCUCCUGCAAUCGCUGCGGGUGGGAAGGGUGGGGAGAAGAGGAAGAGUGGAGAAAAUUUGGAUAGUGGAGGUGAACUUUCGGAUGAUGAUGGGUUGCCGGAGAGAGGUGAACGUAUUUUACCCACGCCGGUGAAAGGAGGCCAGAAGAGGGAUAGAGCUCAAGAGGAGGAGAGGGAGGAUGUUAGUAUUGCAGCUCCAGCAAGCGAUCAACUGUCCGAGAUCGAUGUUGAGAUGCCACCUGCAAGUGAUGAUGGAUCGUUGGAGAUCGGCGAUGAUGAUGAGAGUGUCGGGCGGGUCAAGAGGAGGAAGGUUUGA